ACAAUCCCCCUAUAAAAUCAUCCACACCGUCGAACACCCACCACAUACGUACACCCCCUCGCCAGAAAACCGCCAUGGCACGCUUCGCCGCCGUUGCACUCCUCCUCCUCCUCGCCUCCUCGCUAUCCGUCGAUAGCCGUGAAAUCCCCGACGACUUGAUCAGAUUGCCGUCGGAAUCUUCCAGAUUCUUCCGUCCGCACGGCGAUGAUGAUUCUGAGGGGACCAGGUGGGCCGUCCUCAUCGCGGGGUCUAACGGUUACUGGAAUUACAGGCACCAGUCUGAUGUUUGUCAUGCCUAUCAACUCUUGAGGAAAGGCGGGCUUAAAGAUGAAAAUAUCAUUGUUUUGAUGUACGAUGACAUUGCUUCCAAUGAAGAAAACCCUAGGCCUGGAAUCAUCAUUAACAGCCCAGAUGGUGAUGACGUAUAUAGUGGAGUGCCAAAGGAUUAUACUGGGGAUGAUGUUACUGUUAACAACUUUUUUGCCGUCAUUCUGGGAAACAGAACUGCACUUACAGGAGGCAGUGGAAAGGUUGUGGAUAGUGGUCCAAAUGACCAUAUUUUCAUAUAUUACUCAGAUCACGGAGGUCCUGGGGUGCUUGGGAUGCCUACCAAUCCUUUCAUGUACGCCAAAGAUCUUAUAGAUGUCUUGAAAAAGAAGCAUGCUUCUGGGACCUAUAAAAGCUUGGUAUUUUAUCUUGAAGCUUGUGAGUCUGGGAGUAUUUUUGAGGGUUUGCUUCCGGAAGGUUUAAACAUAUAUGCAACCACAGCAGCCAAUGCAGAAGAGAGUAGCUGGGGAACCUACUGCCCUGGAGAGAAUCCCAGUCCUCCAGAAGAGUAUGAAACCUGUUUGGGUGACUUGUAUAGCAUUGCCUGGAUGGAGGACAGUGACACUCACAACAUGCGGACGGAAACUUUGCGGCAGCAGUAUGAACAGGUUAAACGGAGAACUGCAAAUGGGAAUUCGGCUUAUGGUUCUCAUGUAAUGCAAUAUGGCGAUCUGAAACUUAGCAAGGAGCAUAUUGUCCUCUAUAUGGGCACAAAUCCUGCAAAUGAUAACUACACUUAUGUUGAUGAGAACUUCCUGUGGCCACCUGCUAAAGCUGUUAACCAGCGGGAUGCUGAUCUCUUACAUUUCUGGGACAAGUUCCGCAAGGCUCCAGAAGGCUCUACUAGGAAAUUUGAGGCUCAGAAGCAGUUUUUGGAGGCUAUGUCACAUAGAAUGCACAUAGACAAUAGUGUGAAAAUGAUUGCAAAGCUUUUGUUUGGAAUUGAAAGAGGUCCAGAGGUGCUGAAGACUUUCCGUCCCGCGGGGCAGCCUCUUGUCGAUGACUGGGACUGCCUUAAAACUCUGGUGAGGACAUUUGAGACGCAUUGUGGAUCACUAUCCCAAUAUGGAAUGAAACACAUGCGCUCCAUUGCUAAUAUUUGCAAUGCUGGAAUCCGGGAGGAGCAGAUGGCCAAGGCUUCUGCACAAGCUUGUGUCACCAUUCCUUCUGGCCAUUGGAGCUCUCUUCACAAGGGAUUCAGUGCGUGAUCAAAGCAGGAUGGUCAUUCACUAUAAAGAUGUGUAUGCCAUUCCUGUCAUUUGCUGGUUGCUUCGGUGUAAAUUCCCCAUAGGUUUCCAAAUUUACCGUACUGGUGUGUAAAUUAUAUGUUUCACUUACAUCUGUUGCAGCUAAAUGCUUCAAGGUGACACGGUUUGGAAAUUACCUGGGUGGAAACUGAUACCAUCAAUGUAAGCAGAGAUACAAUUGACAUAACUUCCGAUCUACCAAAAAGAAA